GCGGCGGCUGUGGCCAUGCGCGGGACCGCGCGGCUGGGGCCGCCGGGCCGGGGCCGCCUCACGGGGGCGGGCGGCCUAAGGGCUCUGUUGCCGCCGCUGCUGCUCCUGCUAGCGCUGCUGCCGCUGCUGCCCGCGCCAGGCGCCGCCGCCGCCCCGGCCCCGCCCCCUGCGCUGCCGCCCGCGGCCGCGGGGCCCAGCGUGAGCCUUUACCUGAGCGAGGACGAGGUGCGCCGGCUAUCGGUGAGUCUUGAUGCAGAACUUUAUUAUGUGAGAAAUGACCUUAUUAGUCACUACGCCCUAUCCUUUAACCUGUUAGUACCCAGCGAAACAAAUUUCCUGCACUUCACUUGGCAUGCAAAGUCCAAGGUUGAAUAUAAGCUGGGAUUCCAAGUAGACAAUUUUGUGGCUAUGGAUAUGCCCCAGGUCAACAUUUCUGCUCAGGGGGAAGUUCCACGCACUUUAUCAGUGUUUCGGGUCGAGCUUUCCUGUACUGGCAAAGUAGAUUCUGAGGUUAUGAUACUAAUGCAGCUCAACUUGACAGUAAAUUCUUCAAAAAACUUUACAGUCUUAAAUUUUAAACGAAGGAAAAUGUGCUACAAAAAACUUGAAGAAGUAAAAACUUCAGCCUUGGACAAAAACAGUAGCAGAACUAUUUAUGAUCCCGUACAUGCAGCUCCAACCACUUCUACGCGUGUGUUUUAUAUCAGCGUAGGGGUUUGCUGUGCAGUAAUAUUCCUUGUAGCAAUAAUAUUAGCUGUUUUGCACCUUCAUAGUAUGAAAAGGAUUGAACUGGAUGACAGCAUCAGUGCCAGCAGUAGUUCCCAAGGGCUGUCUCAGCCAUCUACCCAGACGACUCAAUAUCUGAGAGCCGACACACCCAACAAUGCAACUCCUAUCACCAGUUAUCCUACCUUGCGGAUAGAGAAGAAUGACCUGAAAAGUGUCACUCUUUUGGAGGCCAAAGCUAAGGUGAAGGAUAUUGCAAUAUCCAGGGAGAGGAUAACUCUAAAAGAUGUACUCCAAGAAGGUACUUUUGGGCGUAUUUUCCAUGGGGUUUUAGUAGAUGAAAAAGAUCCAAGUAAAGAAAAACAAGCAUUUGUAAAAACAGUUAAAGAUCAAGCUUCUGAAAUUCAGGUGACAAUGAUGCUCACUGAAAGUUGUAAGCUACGAGGUCUUCAUCACAGAAAUCUUCUCCCUAUUACCCAUGUGUGUAUAGAAGAAGGAGAAAAGCCCAUGGUGAUAUUGCCUUACAUGAAUUGGGGGAAUCUUAAAUUGUUUUUACGCCAGUGCAAAUUAGUAGAAGCCAAUAAUCCGCAGGCAAUUUCUCAACAAGACCUGGUCCACAUGGCUAUUCAGAUUGCCUGUGGAAUGAGCUAUCUGGCCAGAAGGGAAGUCAUCCACAAAGACCUGGCUGCUAGGAACUGUGUCAUUGAUGACACACUUCAAGUUAAGAUCACAGACAAUGCCCUCUCCAGAGACUUGUUCCCCAUGGACUAUCAUUGUCUGGGGGACAAUGAAAACAGGCCGGUUCGGUGGAUGGCUCUUGAAAGUCUGGUUAAUAAUGAGUUCUCCAGUGCUAGUGAUGUGUGGGCCUUCGGAGUGACACUGUGGGAGCUCAUGACUCUAGGGCAAACACCCUACGUGGACAUCGACCCGUUUGAGAUGGCCGCGUACCUGAAAGAUGGUUACCGAAUAGCCCAGCCAAUCAACUGUCCUGAUGAACUAUUUGCGGUGAUGGCUUGUUGUUGGGCCUUAGAUCCAGAGGAGCGGCCCAAGUUCCAGCAGCUGGUACAGUGUCUCACAGAGUUCCAUGCCGCCCUGGGGGCCUAUGUCUGACUCUACACUCACAGCCCUGCAGCAUCAGGAGGAAGGUGCCUGUCACGGAUGCUUCAUACACCAUGCAGCACCAGCGGAAGCACAUUUGUCUUCCAGAACAUCGUGCCUUAGGAACGCUUUUAGAAUCUGAACUUUUUAAGACAGACCUAAUGAUGUGGAAUAUUUUAUAGAUAUCACUUUUAUUAGUUAAACUGAAAAGGUUUUUGUAAAUUUUUUGGCCAAAAAUUUUUUAAACAUAGUUAACUUUGGACUAGGGGUACAUUCUUACAGAAUAAAUAAACAGUUUUUAAAAUUGUUUAAACACAGAUAUUUGGAAUAGCUUAUCUUAGUGCCAUCUGCUUUUUAUUUUUUGACUUCAUCAAGGUAAUGUAGGUGACUCACCUUUAAAGUUUUAAAAAUAUUUAUCACUAGUCUUGGGAAUGGUUUGUCUUCAAGAUAUAGUACUUUUUCUUAGGAAAAGAAAAAUAGAAAAAGAUGUCAGUUUGCCUUGAACAGGAAAAGGCAGUAUUGGAGGAAGAAAACUUAAAGAAAAGCUAGAGGGAGAAAGAGAAAAAUACUUACUAGAAACCGAAACUAUGCUUUUGUGGAAAAUUGUGUGGUUUUUUGUUUUUUGUUUUUGUUUUUGUUUUUAAUGAAAAGGUGUUCUACUUUCCUAUUUGGGGGGAAGUAGGGACUGAGUUCUUUGAAGUAUCCUAAAUUUGGCAGAAACUGACAUUUCUGUGAGCCGCAAGUGAUUUGGGGCAGGUCAGUAGUAAACAAUGGUAGUUUUAUUUAUUUUUACUCUCUGGAAAAGGAGAUAACAGAAUUCCAGAAAGUGAAAUCCUGUUUCUAAGACUAAGAAUCGCUUUUAUUGCACCUAGAAUAGUGCUAUGCACAGAAUGGGUGCUUGAGUUGUUGUGAGUAAAAAAUGUAAACUGGUAAAUUUUGUACUAUCUUCAAGGCUGGCUUAAGUAUAAAAUUGUUUUUUUUUUAACACUUGAAAAAUUAAAGAAUUUGUUUUAUAUUAUGACAGUAUUGAAAAUAUUGCUCAUAAUGAAUGAAUGAUUGUGGCUGAUAAGUCUUUGAACACCCAACAGCUGGACAUCCCUGUUUCACUUCAUAGGUGUCUCACUCAGGCUCCCAAGCCCUAAUCCAGAUACAGCUGACUCUGCUCAGCCUCCAGGUUUUAAUAAAAAGUUGAAAUUAUUAUUACACAGAAGUAUUACAGCAAUGAAACUUUUAUCCAGAGCCAUUAGAUUCAGGAUGUGUAUAUAUUUCUCCUUGGCUAUAGUCGGCCUAAGGCAGUGUUGAAUGGGCCUUUUAAAUAGCUAAGCCUAUAGCUCCCAUCCUUACAGGUUCAGAGGAGAGAAUGUGUAGCAGCUGGAGGCUUUUGCUGUUCUUACAGGAGCUUUAUGGAUCAGUAGCACAUGUGGAAAAAUAGCUCACACAGUUCAUGCUCUGCCACAAGCAGGCCAAGAACAUGAUCUUUCUGUGUGCCAUUUAUUAACACUGGUUCUUUGUUAAAUACUCAGCCCCCUGAGGGGCUGGCUCUUUUUAAAGCUCUUUGAACUGUGUGAGUUACAGAUGUUUUUGUCCACAACCUACAGUCUCAGAAGGCAUUCAGUCAGUAAAUAUUUACUUAGUGUUUAUUAUGUAUUGAAUGCACACGGGGUGAGUGGUUCAACUCUAGCAUCCCUUCCAACAUUCAGUGCAUUUUUUUAAUGUGUUCAGGUUAGUGCAUUUAGAUACCAGAGUUCUGUGUACAAGAUCAGUUCAAAGAAAAAAAUACUGUCGGCUUCUAUCCCAAAUUAGCACGUAGUGAAAGGUGCUCUCAGUUUGCUUGGAUAUGUGGUGCUUUUAACCAUAUCUCUUUGUUUGUAAGCUGUUUUAUUUUAUGUAUGUAUAUUUGUUUGGAAAGUGGUUUAAGACUCUAAAUAGAUUUUUCUUGCGGAAC